CGAUAAAACUGCAAUAAGGGACGAGAAUUCCAAGCCACACGCAUCAAAGAAGAGAGGUUUUUAGGAGUGAAGGUGGAUAUGAAUACCAACGCGCUAGGGAAAUCUUCAGCCGUCUUCAAAUAUGGAGAAAUCAUAUUCGGGUUGCUGGCGCUUUCGCUCUUCCGGGCUGCCUAUGGGUCAUUAUUCUCAGAGCUGUCAUCCGGAUACGGUCGAGCUUCAGCUUCAGAAGAGGGGUUGAACAAGGAUUUGGUAAUCCACGGGACCCUGGUUGGGCUGUUCCUCUCCACCCUCAUCUUCCCUUUCGCCCUCCUCUAUGGCCACAAGACCGGCUCCAUGGAGAUCAUCCACGGAGGAGUCAGCGCCCUGUUCUACCUCGCCACGGGCGGUCUGCUCCUCAAGGAUUUUACUCAGGGCAACGCUGAGUUCAGGAUGAAGUUCGAGAAGAUGAUGAUCGCCUCGGGAGCCUUCUGCAUCAUCCUCGCUCUCGUCUUCCUCGCGGACGUCUUCUACGUCGCCGUCAAGGGGCGUAAGGACAACGAUUGAUGAUUCCUCUCGGAACACUCGAGUGAAAAUGCUCAGCAAUUGAUUCAUUCUACAUUUAUCUGAUUUUAUGCAAAAUUACAUCCAUUCGAC